AUGGCGGACCAACACGAAGUCGAUCUCGACUCGAUAAUCGACCGUCUCUUGGAGGUGCGGGGCAGCCGUCCAGGCAAGCAGGUCCAGUUGCUUGAGGCCGAGAUUCGGUAUCUUUGCACCAAGGCCCGCGAGAUCUUCAUUUCUCAGCCCAUCCUGCUGGAGCUUGAAGCGCCCAUUAAGAUUUGCGGCGAUAUCCAUGGGCAAUAUUAUGACCUGCUCCGCCUCUUCGAGUAUGGCGGCUUCCCGCCCGAGGCGAAUUACCUCUUCCUCGGCGACUACGUAGACCGGGGCAAGCAGUCGCUCGAGACCAUCUGCCUGCUGCUCGCCUACAAGAUCAAGUACCCCGAGAACUUCUUCAUCCUGCGGGGCAACCACGAGUGUGCGUCCAUCAACCGUAUCUACGGGUUCUACGACGAGUGCAAGCGCCGGUACAACAUCAAGCUGUGGAAGACGUUCACCGACUGCUUUAACUGCUUGCCCAUCGCCGCCAUUAUCGACGAGAAGAUCUUCACUAUGCAUGGUGGUUUGAGCCCCGACCUGAACUCGAUGGAGCAGAUCCGCCGUGUGAUGCGUCCGACCGAUAUCCCUGACUGCGGUCUGUUGUGCGACCUUCUCUGGUCGGAUCCAGACAAGGAUAUCACCGGCUGGUCCGAGAAUGACCGCGGUGUCUCCUUUACAUUCGGCCCGGACGUCGUCUCCCGCUUCCUCCAAAAACACGAUAUGGAUCUCAUCUGCCGUGCCCACCAAGUCGUCGAGGAUGGCUAUGAAUUCUUCUCCAAGCGCCAGCUUGUCACGCUGUUCAGUGCGCCCAACUACUGCGGCGAAUUUGACAAUGCCGGUGCCAUGAUGAGCGUGGACGAGAGUCUGCUCUGCUCUUUCCAGAUCCUGAAGCCCGCAGAGAAGAAACAAAAGUACGUUCACGGCCUUGGGGGCGGUAGCCGACCCACUACUCCCAGGAAGCAGUCCAAGUCGUAA